CCCCUCGACGGCGGCUCGGAGGCCGGCGCCUUCCCUCCCGCGCUCCCUCGCGCGGCCCCCAGGCCCCUCAUGAGGGUGUCCGCGCCGGGUCCGGCCGUCGCCCCCUCGGCCGGCCGCGAACCCUCGACGCCCGGCGGGGGUGGCGGCGGGGGCGCCGCGGUGUCGGGCUCCGUGCAGCUGGGGCUGAGCGUCCUGCACGCCCUGCUCUACGCCGCGCUCUUCGCCUUUGCUUACCUGCAGCUGUGGCGGCUGCUGCUGUACCGCGAGCGGCGGCUGAGUUACCAGAGCCUCUGCCUCUUCCUGUGUCUGCUGUGGGCAGCGCUCAGGACCACCCUGUUCUCCGCCGCCUUCUCACUCAGCGGCUCGCUGCCCCUGCUCCGGCCGCCCGCUCACCUGCACUUCUUCCCACACUGGCUGCUCUACUGCUUCCCCUCCUGCCUCCAGUUCUCCACGCUCUGUCUGCUCAACCUCUACCUGGCGGAGGUUAUAUGUAAAGUCAGAUGUGCCACUGAGCUUGACAAACACAAAAUUCUACUGCAUUUGGGCUUUAUAUUGGCGAGCCUUCUCUUUUUAGUGGUGAACUUGACUUGUGCAAUGCUAGUCCACGGAGAUGUUCCAGAAAAUCAAUUGAAAUGGACUGUAUUUAUUCGAGCAUUAAUUAAUGACAGCUUGUUUAUUCUUUGUGCCAUCUCUUUAGUUAGUUACAUAUGCAAAAUUACAAAAAUGUCAUCAGCAAAUGUCUACCUCGAAUCAAAGGGUAUGUCUCUGUGCCAGACUGUCGUCGUGGGCUCUGUAGUCAUUCUUCUCUACUCUUCCAGAGCUUGCUAUAAUUUGGUGGUGAUCACCAUAUCUCAGGAUACAUUAGAAAGUCCAUUUAAUUAUGGCUGGGAUAAUCUUUCAGAUAAGGCUCGUGUAGAAGACGUAAGUGGAGAAGACUACAUAGUAUUUGGAAUGGUCCUCUUUCUGUGGGAACAUGUACCAGCAUGGUCAGUGGUACUGUUUUUCCGAGCACAGAGAUUAAACCAGAAUUUGGCUCCUGCUGGCAUGAUAAAUAGUCACAGUUACAGCUCCAGAGCUUACUUUUUCGACAAUCCAAGACGAUACGAUAGUGAUGAUGACUUGCCGAGACUGGGAAGUUCAAGAGAAGGAAGUUUACCUAACUCUCAAAGCUUGGGCUGGUAUGGCACCAUGACUGGGUGUGGCAGCAACACAUACACGGUCACUCCCCACCUGAAUGGACCUAUGGCAGAUACUGCUCCUUUGCUCUUUACUUGUAGUAAUUUAGAUAUGCACAAUCACCACAGCUUAUAUGUGACACCACAAAACUGAUAGCAUUACCAAGUCGUGAAACGUGAAUAGUUUUUCAUGAAAUGUGUAUAUUCAAUGUGUUUAAACUUCAUCUACAUAAACACUGCAACAUGAGAACAAGAUCUGGAAAGGUGGCUGUGUGUGGUGGGGAACGCAGCUGUUUCCUUUGACCUCUGCAUAGUUAAGCAAAAUGGAAAGUCUGGAGUAAGAGAAAAGAUUAGAUCUUAAGACACUUGAUUUCCUCCAAACAUCCUGACUUUGGAACAUGAAAUGCGUAUUUGCACUUUUACCUUUGUUCUGAAAGAGUACAUUGCAGUCCCCAAGGUCAUACUCCAGUGUUUACACUGUAAUAUUAUCAUACACCAAAUUGGAAGGCAAUUUUUCUACAAAAAUCAAAGCCUAUACAUUCAUUGGUGUACUAGGUCUGGAAUCCUUCCCCAGUUACAGUUUUGGAGUGUGAGUAGUGCAGUUAAAGCAUAAAAAUGUAUCAUCUUCCUCAAAAAUCUACUAAAAUAUGUAAUUAUUGAAGACAGUUCUUUGAAGCAUGAUUUUAAAAUACUAAUUGAAAUUAUUCAAACAAUGACUUUUAGCAGUAAUCUUUUACAGUGAUGAGCAGCAGUGUUCUUUGGAAAGCCACAGUAAUUUCUUCAAGAGGAAAAUAAUGGUGAAAAUUGUGUGGCUACUUUGAGUAGAAUUGGUAUUAUUUUGUAUGAUUAAGAUAUACAGCAUAUAAUAGUUUAAGCAUGAUUCUUCAAGAAAGCAAUAGUAACUUUUACAUAGGGAGAUUUUGGUAGAUACUUCUUGGGACUAAACAAGUUUACAGAUGCAUUUAAGAAUUUUCAUAAAAUGUACGAUUCUAAGUUAAAACAAGAUACACUUUCAAAAGCAUUGGAUUUAUCUGAAACAAGAUAUAACUGAUCUUACCUAUUGAAUCAGGACUGUCCUCAGGUAAAUUAAGUCAUGGUACAUUAUUGUAGUAACUAAAGUGCAAUACUUUGUAAGACAUAUAACUCCUUUAGUUUUCAGUUUUAUACCUUGAAUUUGGGCAAAAAAUUAAACCGAAAUCAAAUUAAUUCCAGCACUGGAUGAAAUGAGCAAACUUAAAAUGUAUAAACUUGUUAAGUAUAAAACCAGAGAUGAACAAUACUGGAAUUCUUCUAGAAAUACAUUAAAAUCGUGUUGAAUUUCCUAUCCCGUCAUUCGUAUAUAUAAUACGGUAUAUAUAUAUAUAUAUAUAUAUAUAUUAUAUGGCUAGGACAAAACAGAAUUUUAAAAUGCACUUUCUACCAAUGUCUAUAUGGAAAGUAGAUGCUGAAUACCUCAGAAUGCCAAGGCAAGAGACAACAUCUAAAGUCACAACUUGCUUAAAGAUAACUAAUCUUAUAAAAUUCUCUAAUCUGUUUCUUCAGAAUUGGAACUAAUUUUUCUGUCUUCUACUUUGGUUAGAAAGUCAUUUUAUUUCUAUUUUUACUUAAAAUCUCUUUCAAGUUUUAAUAACUGAUACAGUAACAUCACAAAAGUGUAAGAGUAGGUGAAAUGAAAUUGCUAAUGCUUUCUAUCUUUUGGGUGGUUGAUACAAAGCAAAAUAAAUUUCUCCUUUUUAUGUUAUAAAAGACUUGAAAUUCAAUCAGAAGUGUACUAAUCGUUAUAAAUGUUACUUGGCAUUUGUUUAUAACAAGUUCUCACUGUAACUAAAUUAUUUAAAAUUUUACACUAUAGGAGUUAACCAUGGUAUUAAGAUAACAGUAUUUUUUACUGCAAUAAUAGUUUUUUUCAGUUAUUAGAUUUCUUCUAUUUUUUAAUUUAUUUUUAUUUUUUGGUACUGGGGAUCAAACUUGGGACCUUGCACUUGCGAGGCAGACGGUGGAACCACUGAGCUAAAUCCCCAGCCCUUAGAUUUCUUUUAGAACACAACUAUUUACUUUGCUGACGAUGUUAGAUACCUAUCUCGAGAUAUCUGAAAAGAGCUAUAUUCUUUGUUAACCCUUGGGUUCAAGAUGAUAAAUUUUUUCUAGUAAAAUUUCCCUAGGUGAAGUUCUUAUUUGUCCAGAUAAAGAUUACUUUAAAAAUUUGUUUUUCAUAUAAAACUUGAUCCUUUUAGCUGCAUUAGUUGGUUGUACUAAAUUUGAGAUUUGUGAAUUUAUCCUUAUCAAUGACUAGGGUACCUAAAUUCUUGCAUUUGUCUCCUUUAUACACAUCUCACACAAUAGAUCACCAAAGAAAAGAAAGAUAAACUCGGGCCCAGUUUUUGCUUAAAAAUUCCAAAGCACUAGGUGCACUUUAAGUUUGGUCGCAAAAGUUGCUUAUAAAAUCAAAGGGCUACCAGUUCCCUGUUCAUCCUGCACUGAAGCACAUGACAAUUUCAAACCUUCCUUUUGUGUUAAUUUAUAAAGUGGAUUUCGUUGCUCAAGUGUGUAUUUCUACAGUGAUUAGCAAUAUUUGUUUUUAUCACUUCAGUUAGGUGGCCAUUAAUUUUAAAACUCUUACCACUCAUUAUAGCUGGCUGUAGUUUUAUGGAAGAUGUCAUUUAUAGCUAAAGUGGGUUUUUUACGCAUAGCUGCCUUUUUCUUGUUUAACAGUGUUUCUCAGCUAUAUAAUCAGUUCCCAACUGGUUGUAAAAGUAUAGCUGUGGCCAAUGAAUGUAUUUGUUUCACUCAACUGUAACAAAACACUACUGUUAAAAAUAAAAGUGUUUGUGCUUUUAUUUGGA